AUUUGAUUCAAUGCCUCGUUUAGUGAUUGGUGUAAAUUGUUUGUAAAAUCUGUUUGUGAUAAUAGUAUUAAAUAGAUGGUAAUCUCAGUGAAUUGGACCAUCAUCUAACAGCUAACAUCUAUGUUGAAGUAUUAAAACAAUAUUAAACAAUGGACCCAAAAGAUUCGUGGAUUUGUCCCAACGAUCGGGAGCUGACAUUAAGAGCGAGAUUAGACACGGGAUGGUCUGUUAAAAGCAACCAAAUCCAGAACAAUACGCCAAAAGUGGAUCCAAUCAAUGAUUGUGAACAAAAAAUGAUACUUAAAGUAAUUAAUAAAGCGAAACAAAUGGAGAAAAUGGAAAAAGAUAGGAUUAAGUAA